AUGGCGGGAAUCGGUGAGGCAAGCGCGAUUGUUGGCGUGGCCCAAUUGGGCUUUUCUCUCGCAAAGACAUUGAAUACUUUAAUCGGGGAUUACAAAGAUGCCCGCCAGACUCUCACUCGCAUGGGCGCUGAGAUCGAGAGUACCUCUCUGGCAAUGGAGCGCCUAGGCGACCUGGCCAAGAAGGGAAGGCUGUAUGGAGAUAAAGGCGUCCUUGAAGCUGCCGGCCUUGCUAGCCGCUACAGUGAUGCCAUUGUCGAAAUUCGAACCAUGCUCAAGAAGAAGAAUACACCUAUCAAUCCAAACCUCGUCAGCUCUGAUGAAAUUGAACUCUCAUGUUUCCAAAAGAUCCAGUUUGCUUUUCUGAAGCCCAGGUUGGAGAUCUCCCAGCUCGAGGUUUCACGUAUCAAAGCUGAUCUUACACUGACUUAUUUGUCCAUGAUUGCACUGACUGGUGACACCGAUGCGGAGAAGAAACAGGCCAUAUCGGAAAUUCCAGCCUGGACGAGAACAUUGAAAUGGGCAACUCUUGAGUAUGAAAAGGCCGUAACUCGGCAGCGUACUUCAGCGCCUCACGCCUCCGGUACCAUUCAGACCCAACCGCCUCCUUACUCUGUACCUGCAUUUGGCACAGGCGCACGCCAAUCAGGUGGCAGACAAAGUAGUAUGAUCCAAGAUGAUGCCAGCGCCGAGCAUCUUAAGGACUACAUCAAAUGGGCUGAGAUUCAACAUGCCGAAGCUAAACGGAAAGCUGACGAGUUGCGCCUGCAUGCUCUUCAACUCGAACAAAAGAAAUUACAAGAUGAAGAAGCUGCAAAGGAGCAAAGAAUCGCCGAAAAGGCCGUCAAGGAAUGGGAAGAAAGGAAACGCUUAGAGGCGGCUGAGCUUGCUUACAAACAGGAGGAAAGAGACCGUGACUUCCGGCGGAUGCUCCAGGAUGCCAAAGUCCCCGAAGAAGAGAUUCAUCGAAUUCUAAGCAAAGCACUGUUGAUGUUGCCCGGUCCAGAGAGAGAACUGAAUGGCAGUGCGCUGUAUCCUGACCCUGGAGCUACAAAUCAAAUUGCUUUGAUCUCUCAGAACCGCACGAGCUUAACCAACAACCUGCUGCAACAUCAGAAAAGCCCUGCUGCGCAGGCCUCAGAUCACCGAAUCUCCCAAGUAUCCUCCAUUCCGGUACGGCAGAGACCAAGGCACAAUCCCAGAAAGCCUGUCGAGAGGCCUCGUCUGGAAGCCUGGUGUAUUGAUCAAAGAUCUCAAUCCCGCUUUUGUACGCCCCUUGCCGAAGACUGGCUGGAUGAAUUCAUUACUAGCAAGGCUUACAGGAGGAGUAGCCGACACAUGUGGGAACGUUAUGCACAAUUGCAUCUAUGGUAUAGGAAGCAGAUCAAUGAAGUCUUUGAAGAAAAGCAACGCGACGUGAAACACAAAUGGAGCAUGAUCUCCCUCCACCAGAGCAAACCAGCGAGGUCGCUGUUUGAGCUCCGGCGGUCUAGCAAGGACUCACUGGUGCAGCUGGUACUUAUCAGGAUGCCACAGUCCACUGAUUUGAAGUAUAAAACAUGGCUCGAUGACGGCGAGGACGGCAGCAAUGGGUUGGCCUUUCCUCCUUCCUCCCCCUCUCCUAACCCAAUUAGGCCUUAUGGACAAGGUAGCGACCGCUCACCCGAGAUCGAGUCUCUCGAUGAUGCCGAAAAUGAAAGUCAAGAGGCCACACAAAGUAAUAGUGGCCGAGAGAAUAUUUUCGAUUCAAACGCCGCCAGGCAAGACUCGAGCCAGAAGCAGCCUGCCGUCGUGGUCGAGGUCUUCCAUUACGAUGGUCUCUCUUACUCCACACUCCUUCCCGUGGACGUGGUCGACCCAUCCAGACUGAUUCAGGAGGGAUUUGAUUACAUCGAAACGGGCACAGACUACAUCGUUAUGCGAAAGCUGGGGUCCUCGCUUCUUGACUCUCUUAUUGACCGCAGACAUCGCCCUGUUGCCGUGGUCACAUACAAUAAAGACUUUCAGUCCCUGCCCGCUGCUGAACGGUUAUUGGCGAGAGCCCAUAUUAAACAGCGAAAGUUCUUUUCUUCAAUGAUUGACCGUGACGGCUUUUUAAAUGUCACCUUCUCUAGCUUGAGGACGAAUGAAACUGCAAUUGAUGGAAUACCUGGGAUUUUUACCAUAGAACGCCCUGAGUCUGAGAAUAUUCUGUAUGUAGUCCCUGAUCAUGGCCUCACUCCUCGGCCCCAGAUUCCACCCGGCCGCGAUACAAGACAUUCGAGGUCGAAGAAGACACGUUUUGAAGAUGGUUCUGCCGGAACGGACUCAUUCAACCCUCGUGUGAGAGGCAGGGAGGAACCUUUUGACGAGUAUGUCUUGGAGCCAAUACGGAUUCACUCUCCUAUACGCGAUUACAGGUAUCCGCAAUCAGGAAGGCAAACUGAGACCCCGCGCGAGCACCGACGGCAUUCUGUAUAUACAGGGUACGGGCCCGAAUCACCUAUACCGCCGCGGCGGCAACCCCAGUAUGACAUGUAUGAUGCGGAAUACUACUCUAUGCCUGGCGGUUAUCCUCUGGCUCCUACGCGGAAAGAUUGGAGUAUUGCACCUCGGCCUAUCCUGGUACACGAUUCCUCUCAUAUCAAUUCGAGGAAAGUCAAUGAAGCAGCGUUCCUAGAAAGUGGCUAUGGCCAAGGCGAUCGAAUGAGGCGGAGCAGAUAUGACUCGGAGCUUCCACCACACACUCCACGACGGGUUGAGAUUGAAGUGGAACAGAGAUCAAAGUAUCCACGAGUACAUCGAGCAGAAACCAUAAACACCUUUGAGCAUUACCCAUCAAUCUCUCGACCACAUCGAGACGACGAAAAACAGCGCCUACAAGAGGCAUCUCUCGGCUACCUUGAUCGUCGUGAUGAAGAAUUACAGAGAAGAUCACUUUAUGAUGAUCGGGUAGGCUCAUUUUCUGACCAUUCGAAUUUGGGUCGCGACGAUGAAGUAUAUUGGAGAAACGAGCACCAAUAUGGUUUGUCAGACCUGCCCUCGAUCAGAAGACGCCGUUCGAUGUCCCCACUGCACGAGCCCGACUACGACAUAGGUCCAGGACCACAUGCUCGUGCUCGUGCUCGAGCGCCACGAGGCCCAUCGCCCCCAACUUUUGAUAGAUUGCCGCCCCUUCACUCUAGACACUAUUUUUUUACGGAAUCGCCCAUGGAAGAAAUGGAGAGGGACGGAGAGCAAGAACCCCAGAGCGAUAAGGACAUUACAGCAAUGCAGUUGGCUAAAUAUACUGGAGGUGUGGCCCCGAUCACAGAGCCGACUGUAAACAUCUCGAUCACCAAGUCUGCUGGGGAUCAGCGACGGAGGUCAACGACUCCGGAACCAGAAAUAGGGGCACUCAGGUCAAGAGCGACCUACGUGGAGGACACCAUCGACGACGACGAAAAUAAAUCCAUCCGUGGCCGUAUCUUUGAGAUACACGAUGAGCCAGAGCCACUCAUCGUUGCAGAAGAAACCACGCAACUCCCUCAGAACACCAAUGAGCCGCCGAUGCCGACCGGUCAUUUCGGCUGGACCUUUGGUAAUGUCAACGCCCAAACCGGGACCAAGACUAACGACAAAGGAGACGAUUCGAGUGCACAACUAGCAGGAGCAAUGAAAAAUUUAGCUCUCGACGAUGAAUGGGGGUUUAGCACGGCGAAGAAAAAAGACAAGAAAAAGAAAAGGAGCGGUGCCUCCGCCGAUCACAAUAAGUGGCUUGAUGAGUGGGGACAAGGAGUCUCCAGCUCUGCUAGGUCUGCGCCUGGGACUUUCAAGACCAAAGCAAAUGAAGACACUACUUGGGAGCCGGGAAAUUCUGAAGGCGACAGUGCAAAGAUUAGCGCGGAUGAGAGGAAGAAGCGGAUGCAGCAGCGAGAUGACGAGAAGAAAGGUGGUGGCGGUGAUGGAGAUAACUGGACCGACGAUGAGAAGAACUGGUCGUGGGGCAGCAGCAAUAAAAAAGACUGGGACGACUGGGAAAAGAGAAGACGGUAG